CGGCCCGAGCCAGAGCUCGGGGGCUGUCGGUGAGAACUUUGCAGGAGGGCACCCCCAGCCCGGCCAGCCCAGCCCAGCCCCUGCGCGCAUCCCGGGCCGGGUAGGACCCGGCGCGUCCCUUGCCAUGGCGGCGCCCUCGCGGCUCCUGAUCCGCGGGGGUCGCGUGGUCAACGACGACUUCUCCGAGGUGGCCGACGUGCUGGUGGAGGACGGCGUGGUGCGGGCGCUUGGGCACGAUCUGCUGCCUCCCGGGGGCGCUCCUGUGGGGCUGCGGGUCCUCGACGCCGCCGGCAAGCUCGUCUUGCCCGGAGGCAUCGACACACACACGCACAUGGAGUUCCCCUUCAUGGGCUCGCGGUCCAUCGACGACUUCCACCAGGGCACCAAGGCUGCUCUCGCAGGAGGCACCACCAUGAUUAUUGAUUUCGCCAUUCCUCAGAAAGGUGGCUCCCUCAUUGAGGCCUUCGAGACCUGGCGAAGCUGGGCUGAUCCCAAAGUUUGCUGUGACUACAGCCUUCACGUGGCAGUGACGUGGUGGAGUGACCAGGUUAGAGAAGAAAUGAAAAUCCUUGUGCAAGAUAAAGGUGUUAACUCUUUCAAGAUGUUUAUGGCCUAUAAAGAUCUGUACAUGGUGAGAGACCUGGAGCUGUACGCAGCCUUCUCUCAAUGCAAGGAAAUCGGAGCAAUUGCCCAGGUCCAUGCAGAAAAUGGAGACUUAAUUGCAGAGGGAGCAAAGAAGAUGUUGGCUCUGGGGAUAACAGGCCCUGAGGGUCACGAGUUGUGCCGCCCAGAGGCAGUGGAGGCAGAGGCCACGCUGAGAGCCAUCACCAUAGCCAGCGCUGUGAACUGUCCUCUCUACAUUGUGCAUGUGAUGAGCAAGUCUGCAGCUAAGGUGAUAGCGGAUGCAAGGAGAGACGGGAAGGUGGUCUAUGGCGAACCCAUAGCGGCCAGUCUUGGCACAGAUGGCACACACUACUGGAAUAAAGAAUGGCACCAUGCCGCCCACCAUGUCAUGGGUCCACCUUUGCGACCAGACCCCUCAACACCCGACUUCCUCAUGAAUCUACUGGCUAAUGAUGAUCUAACCACAACAGGGACUGAUAACUGCACUUUUAACACCUGCCAGAAAGCUCUUGGGAAGGAUGAUUUUACCAAAAUCCCCAACGGGGUGAAUGGUGUUGAAGAUCGGAUGUCAGUAAUAUGGGAAAAAGGCGUGCACAGUGGUAAAAUGGAUGAAAACAGAUUUGUGGCAGUUACCAGCACAAAUGCAGCCAAAAUCUUUAACCUCUAUCCAAGAAAAGGAAGAAUAGCUGUAGGAUCAGAUGCUGACAUUGUUAUUUGGGACCCAAAAGCCACAAGGAGAGACAGCUACUGAUGACCUUAUGACAAUGAGAAAACUGGAGCUGUGCAACAGCGUAAGUGACAGGUUUGCUAUGAGAACCCUGACCUAGUGACUUCGACUUCAUAAACUUGGGUGAUUUUUCAUGAGAUUCAGUACCAUGUUGUCUGCUGAUAGCAAAGCAGAGCACUUUAUAAUGUUCUUGAUUUUUCAUAUUCCAUUUUGUCUUCCAAUCAGGUGGGCCAAUAACUAAAAGCAUUUUUGGAUUUGAUUUCAUUCUCUGUCAUUCUUUAUCAAAGGUGAGGGAAAAAAUGAAAACACUUUAUUGUGUGGUGAGACUCUCCAGUCUAAUUCUUAAUAAUAUGGAGAAUCUCAGGAGGCCAUUCGAUGCGCUUCUUCUUUUGAAUCCUCCACCUGAGUAUCUCCAACAGGGCCCAGCCUGGCGAGCCCUCAUCUGCCGUUUUAAUUUCUAGGGAUGACACCAGCUCAGGGGUAGAGCACUGUCUUCCCUAGACAACUGGACAAAGAGAGAUGACCUGAACCCAAGGUUGUGAAUAAUUCACUUUAUUUACCACAUAUCGCUGCCUGGAGGAUAUUUAUAGGCUGCGAUUAUGUCUCUUUGAGUCAUGUUUUUAGACUAUAUAAAUUUAGACCGCUUUCUCACAAGUUUUGCUACUGAUUUCUAUAACAUUGUCUUACCCUUCUUUUCCUAUUCAGUUGUUUCAGAAUAGCACAUAAUGAUCCAGAUGUGUAGAUUUUUUUUUAAAGGUCUAUAUAUAUUACCUGCUUAACUUCCCUCAUUUCUAGUCUAAGAAUAACUAACUUAAGGUCAAACUAAAAAGCUCCUAUGUUUUUACAUUUCUUUCCAUCGCUUUCUCUUGUAAGUUCUUUCACGUUUUUUGUAUGAUUUCCAUCCUUCACUUUAUGAAGGACAUUAUUUAUCGCAUUAAUGAUCAAAUUUAUUUAUCACAAUAAUGAUAACAAAAUUAAAUAUUAACGUUUUUGUAGAUGUGUCUUUUGGGAGAAAGAUACAUAUUCUGCAUUAUCUUACUAGCAUGAAGCUUCUUUAUCUGUGUGUGCUGAUUGUGUACACCUCGGUGCCAGACAUAAGGAAAACCAGCAUAGCCCCAGAGCCUAAUGUGUAGGCUGUGAUCCCAGACCCAUCAAAGGCCAUUUAAAGUCUCUGAAAAUCCACUCUCUCAUGUGUAAAAUGGGAUCAUUGAGAAUUGUUAUGCCUACCUCAUAAAGUUUUGGUUAGAAUCACAUGAGAUACAUGUGAAAAUGCUUUGUCAACUAAGAACGUGUUACACAAAGACAAGAUAUGUAUUAUUAUGGUUAUUUUCUAUUUCUCUAGUUUGACUAGUUUCAUUCUUUGCAGGACAUUUUCAUUUUUAGGUGUUCUCAGCUAUUUUGCCUGUGGUGAUCGGAAGGCAGAUGAACCAUGGGGUUCUAUUUCUCUGACUCCAGAUCCUUUUAAAAAGCUGGUGACCUUUUUGUUUUUCUUUUCUUGUUUUAUUGUUUUUUUGAAAAGCGGAAAAAUCUCAGGGUAUAUUGAAUUGA